GCCGGUGGAGCGCUCGGCGGCCGGUCGGGUCAGCGCGUCGGUGGGCCGAUGUCGGUGCCCGUGCACCGCUGGAGGGGCCCAUGGCGACCUCCCGUGACCGCAGUGGUCGUGUUCGGGGUCACGACGGCCCAGUGCGCGGCUGUAGAGACGAAGCGCUCAGCCGUCUUCCCCGGAACGGCGUAACGUUCAAGAUGCCUCUCUGCUGGCCCGUCGUUUUUCUGGUGUUCGUCCUCACGAUCCGACAGGGUCGUGGUCACUCCGUGCGAUCUGGUGGCACGGCCAGCUCCGGUGGUUUCUCUGACCACGGACGCCAUCUCUUCGGCUGCCCCGGUCCCGCCGACCCGGCGGAGAUCCUCCAGUACCGCGCUGCACUGCUCUACCUGCACUCAGAGGGCGUGCGACGUGUGAUCCAGCUUCAGCGUCAUCCUCCGCACUGCCACGGUGCCUCCAAUGACGUCAUGACCGCUCUGCUGAGGGAGACAGGCUUGAAGAGGCUUGGUGAACCACUGGUGAUAAGAGGUGGGACAGGCUGGAACCAGCUAGAUCGUUGGAGGAAACUCGCUGGGCCGGAUGUGGCUGUCCUGGUGGAGGAUGCCGAGCUUCUGGAGGAAGCUCUCGGAAGGUACCAGGCGGUGCGCUGGAGAGAGGGCUUCUGGUUCGCUCCCGGGAUGGCGCAUGACGGACGUCUUGUGAAGACGGGACGCGCUCGUAAGUUCAAACUGCUCACAAGUACGCUAGUAGACGGAUCAAAACAGAACUGGACUGUUCCUCAAACGACAGAAGCCGACAACGUUAUGAAGUUUGAUGAUGUCAGCGCUGUGAACGUUAGCAACGAGCCUUCCAGCCGCGUUGAUACACAUCCCAGCGACAGCAGCAAUUCGCCCCUCCCCACCCCACCCUCUGUCCUUCUCCUGCGCUGGGCCGCUCCUCCCCUCCCAUCCGAGAGGCCUCUCACCUCUCCCCAAAGUUCCCUCAUCCAGGUCCUGCGCUCCUCUCCAUGGCUGCUGGCCGGCGUGUACCGCCCUGGACAGACCACCAUCGAGCCGCCAGCGGCGCUGCUCGUCCAGCGCAGUGAGCUGCAGAGCCAUCUGUCGGCCGCCGGCUGCGUCACCUGGCGGGCGGAGCUAACCGGCGCUGACCCGCUGACCGGGGAGUCGGUCCGGCGCUCUUACACGGAGCGCUCUCUGCCGGCGGUGGCGGCGCUGCAGGGCGGUGGACCGCUGACGGUUGGGGUGCACUGUCCACAGCUGGGUGCAAUGCUUCACUGUGCGGUGCAGCUAGAGCGACAGAUGUGUAAAUGGGAGGAGGAGAGAAGCAGUCGCCGGCGGCGGGAGACAGGUGCGAGCCGAGAACCGAGGCAGAAUGAAGGCUGGCAGCCAAGUCAGUGGGGAGUGGAGGCUGUGCAGUACCCAGAAGAGGCACCUGCUAACCGGCAGGGGGCGUCUGGUCAGCGUCAGAGAACUACCAGCUACAGGCAGGUAGCGCCUCGCCAGCAGCGAGCAGCGCUAGAUCAGCAUCGGACCAACACGGCUGUUCAGACCUGGCAGAGAGGGAGGAAUGAUCCUCACCGUACAGGUGUAGCUGAGGCAGAAUACGAGCUGCAGCUCUACAAUCACGACCCCUACACCACAGCGCAUGGCAGCGCACCGCAUCUUGGUGGCUACGGUAGCGACACCUAUUCAGGUUAUAGUAGCGACACCUACCCAGUCGUGUUUGACGACCAUGCCGAGCGGCGGCGCGGCAGUCGCCCCAAUGAGGAGGCACAGAAGCUGAGGGAGGACUUUCACCUGACAAUUUUCCCGAGUAUAACGAAAUGCAGCGGUGCCAUAGCGGGCUGUUUCACGUGCGUCACGCUGCUGUCCGUUCUGGACUUGGGGGUGCCCGCGGCGGCCUGCGUCGGCCCAUGCUCCCUCGGCGGUGCUUCGGCCUGCUCAGGGGCAGCCGGCACCGUCUACAGAGAAGUCAGAAGGAUCCAGAAGGCCGAGAGCAAGGCUCGGCGGCGGAGGCUUGGCGCCAGGUCACAACGCCGCGUAGGUACCCGCGUGACUAGAAGGCGCUUGCCACGUGGUCUGUAAAAGACGUGGAUGAACGAAAUCUGACCUUAGGACUGCUGAGUGCUGUUGCUGACUUUGACAGUUCUUUUGAUUGAUGUAUUGACCGUCUGGGAGUGGUUUCGAUGGUACGUUUGCCAUAAAAUAACUGUUGAGCCAUGUCUUAAUUGAGGUAGAUGUCUAAGUGUAUGCCUAUAAUUAUCGUGGACGAUGCCAACUAAUUUAACCCAUUUGCCGGUGCUACUGUCACCGGUUGUGAGCGCCAUCUCGUAACUUGUCUCCAAGUUGUUAUGUUUCUUGUUACUGUUUUUCUUGUAAAUACAUAGUAAAACGCAAACUA